AUUCGAAUCCAGGGCCGCAAAGCGAAUCGCCGACAAGCUACCCAGUCAACUGCGAAGUGCUGGGACCGAUUUUCCGUUCCUUGCCAGGGACGAGGGCGGGUUCUAUCCCCCCAUGCAAGGGGGUACGGCUCAAGCGUUUGCUACUCAAGCUAUGGCGGGGCUGCUGAUGUGCAAGAGAGUUGAGAGAACGGAAACUGUAACGACCAACGGGCGCGGCGAGCAUGUUCCGGCAGCUGGCGUUGCAGCUGCAGAACAACCUUCAAGUUCAUCCUCCGCCUCGGCGUCGGCUUCGCCGUUUUCCGUUUACACCCCGAUCGGACAACGUUCAGAUGGGCCCAUGAUUCUUUAUCAGUACUGGAAAACUCGGGCCGAGACGCAGGAGAAUCGAAACGUGUUUCUGGCCCUGCGGGACCAGCGCGCGAUCCUCCGCGGAGAGUGGGUCGAAAAGAAGGUUCACUAUGGUCCGUUCCCGGGGGUACAUCCUCGGUGGCCUCAGGAAGAGGGUGAGGAGCUGCGUGAUGCGGAUGACAAGGUGGCUUGUGCGAUUCCUCUCGCAUGGGCACGGGCGGGCGUAGCUUCCGUUCCUUUGAUGCAGGAUGUGAUGACGCAGUUGCAGCAUAAUGGUGCAGCGCCAGCGGAUACAGAAGUUUACGGCAGUCAGGAGAACUGGCUGGAUUUGUUUAACGUUUUGGUACCGAAGUACAUGUGGUUCAGCUCCCAGAAAUUCCAAGGCUGGGAAGCGCCCAUGGAUGUACGGGCACAAGCGCAGCUGUGCGCUCGCGACCGAGGUCGUUUUCUGCAGACCUGCAAAGCCGCAGCCAAUGCUGGCGUGCCAACGACGAACAUCUUCUCCCUGCUGGUGAGUGCUGGCUUAACCGAUCUAAUCGGGCGGGAAGUGCCCGAGCAUUUUCUCAAUGUGGAUCUCACAAGGAGCCUGGAGCCCAAGUCGUGUUACUUCCAGAGUGCCAGCGUUAGACACCUGCCAGGACGAGGGACGUGGGACAUCGGUUGUUGGGAGCAUUUAGAACCUCGACCCAAACUUCAGCAGCACUGGCUGCCAUUCUUCCGCCCCCUUUUCGGUCCCGCAAGAGUUCUCCGUGCUGCCAACGGCGAGACCGUCUGGGAGGGACUCUACCCGCCGACGUUGGUGAGCGAGCUGGGACGUCCCAGUGGGAGUAAUGGCUCGGAAACCGCGGGAGUGAGUGAUUUUUGAUAUGAGCGCUCUCCUGAGUCAGCUCUCACCGCUCUUUCGUGUCGACUAGGUUCGAAGUUUUGAAGAUGCGGAGCACGAAUUUUUUUGAUACGCCCCCGACUGCUUUCUUGUUCAGAAAGAGUAAUUCUCAAAGAAGAUAAUCACGGAUAAUCAUAAGACCACGCUGCAAACAAUUAGCUUACUUACAUGGACAGGCAUGAUAAUAAGUUUUUUUGCGCUUUGAUUGGCCCGACAGCGUCGUGAGCUGGAAGAGGAACCUGAGGAGUUGCGCGAGCAGCAGCGUCCGGUCCGUGCGUCGAAGAGACGGGAGCUCGCUAGAAGUGCCUCCUUGUUUUAGAAGGCGACGCUAUAUGCUGCCAACGACCCCGAAGUUCAAUUUACGGUGAGGACGAGCGAGGAUUUUUGCGAAAACACCGGAAGAGAAGUCAAGAACGUCGUUGCAAGCCAGUCCUGCCUUCUACCGCAGCCCGAGUGACAUCGGUUGUCGCGAUAAACGUAAAAAGAUAUGAAAAUUCCACUGCAAAUCAACUCGGAUGGGCGUACACGUAGGCGCUCUGACUCUGUGUUUCCGACUUCUUUUGCAGCUUUUGCUUUGUGUACAAUAGAUACGAUACCAUGACGCAUAAUCCUUACAUGCUGUCACUGCUGCACAU